UUUUUUUCCUCUGAGAGAAGAGAAGAGAGGAACAAAAAAACAAGAAUGGGUUCAUUGAGUGGUGGAAAUGGAGGUUUAUGGGGAAUGGGAUUUUUCCAUUCUCAAGAAUGGAAUUCUGGAAGAAGAAGAAGAAGUAAUGGUGGAAAAUCGUCAAAUUCAGAUUCAGUGGAUGCAAAUAGUGGAGCUGGUUAUCGUUUUCCUUUGAAGCAAGCUAUGACUGCUAGCUCUCUUGCACUUACUGGUGACACCAUAGCUCAGCUUCGUGACCGGUGGCUCAAGAACAAAGAUAAUCUUCCUGACCCAUCUCAUCCUAAGGAUAUGAUUGGUGCUCUCCUAUCUGAGCAUGACUGGCUUCGGUCCAUCCGGAUGGCUUCAUAUGGAUUUUUGUUAUAUGGUCCUGGUACUUAUGCAUGGUACUCGUAUCUUGACAGAUGUAUGCCCAAGCAAAGCGUGGAGAAUGUAAUGAUGAAGGUUUUAUUAAACCAAAUAGUGCUAGGUCCUUCUGUAAUAGCUGUUAUCUUUGCAUGGAAUAAUUUAUGGCUGGGGAAACUUUCAGAACUUCCAAACAAGUAUCAGAAAGAUGCCCUUCCAACUUUAUUGUUCGGAUUUAGGUUCUGGAUCCCUGUCAGCAUUUUGAACUUUUGGGCGAUUCCUCUUCAAGCUCGUGUUGCGUUCAUGUCUAUGGCUUCUAUAUUCUGGAAUUUCUGUUUGUCAGCAACUAUGAGCAAGUAACUGUCGUUGAAAGGAUUAGCAGGGAAGAGCAGGAUCACACAAUUGAUAUAAACGUCAGUCAAGACACAGAAAAUGAUGUCUGGAGGCAACGGUUGAAACCAUUCUGAUUUUCCAAAGAUGGCUCGCACCAGGUUCGACAGUGCCUCAGCUCGCACUAACUACAUAUGAUUUGUUUCUUCAUUGCUACAAGUUCUCCAAGAAUAUAGUUUUCUUCAGUUUACGAGUGCUAUAACGAAAGACAUUUGAUUGGCUUGUUCGACCAAUUCUUUCGUUAAUUUGCUUUCUUUGUCUGGUUUUAGGCCUUCUUUUCCCUGUCUCAAAACAAAGAUUUUGCAGUACAUAAUUUAAAAACAAGUGCUGCUACAUUUUAUAUACGAAAUGAUCAUGUCAAAUUCUUCUGAUUA